AUGCUUAAAACCAUGCAGUCCAGCUACGCUGUUAAUAAUUCUUUUUUUCUUCGCUUCGCCGAGAACUACAAAAUUAUUCUAUUUCGAAAACCAACUAUAUUUUCUGAUUAUCGUACAAUAUUACAAAAUGAUGAACCAAAAAUUUAUGAAGAUUUACAAGAUUAUCAUGCUAUAAAAUCAAUAUUUGAUGAAAUUAUUUUAGAAUAUAAAGAUAAAUAUGAAUAUAUUGAUAUUGUUUUCUUUAAUGAUGCACUUGGACAUUUAACACGUAUUUAUCGUGUUUUACGUUUAGAUCGUGGAUAUUUAUUAUUAAUUGGUACAGAUGAAUCAGGAAAAACAAUUACUUACUAA